UGGGCCACGUGCGUGCCCUGACGGAGGAGCGGGAUGCCAUCGCCUCGGAGUACGAGAGGGAGAACGAACAGCUCAGGUUGGAGCUGGCACGGCUGCAACUGCUCCAGGAAGCCCAGCUGAAGGAGGUGGAGGAGAUGCUGCAGCAGGAAGGGCUGUCCCAGAUCGCUCACAGCGCUGCCAGCGAACAGGUCGCCUAUUUGCUGGUGGAGAGGACAGCGCUGCUGGGGAAACUGGGACUGCUCCACAGCACCACAGAGGGCAUCCAGUUCUGCAGGAAAGAGUUGGAGAGGGAACCUGCAGGAGCUGUGGGAGAUCUGGAUGGUGCUCCCCAGAGGCUGAUGGUGGCCCAGGAAGAGCUCCAGGGGGUGACAGAGGAGUUGGAUGCACCGAGCAAGGAGCAGAGUGCAGCAGGCAGGACUGAACUCCAGGAGGCCAUGGAGCACAACAGCCGGCUGGAUAAGGAGAUCCUGGCACUGCGGGCGCGGGUCCAGACGCUGGAUCUGGAGAGGAAAGCAUUCCUGGAGCUGGUGGAGCAGCUCAAGGAGGAGAUCUGUGAAUACCAGAGGAGUGAGAGGCCAGGGCAGUCCCUGCCCGAGGAGCCCGGAGCAGCCUCACUGCAGGGCACUCGGGAUGAAGGGAGGGCUGAAGAUGAGCAUGGGGCAGGAAGAGCCUGGUCCUCCUUGGAUCAGGAGGAUAGAGACCAGGGGGGUGAAACUCUCCAUAAAAGGUGCCGGGAGGCAAUGGAAAACAUGGAGGGCAGGAAUUCCCAGCUCCUGCACAAGCUGCAGAAACUGGAGCAGGAGCAUGAGGAUUUGGUGGAGCGCAAUGAGGAGCUGGAAUCAAUCCUGGGAGAGACUCAGAUCCAGACCAAGCAGGAGAAGGAGCAGUUUGAGAGCGAGGUGGAGGGACUGCAGCAGAAGAUCACCAGUUUAGAAACAGAGUUGCUUGAGGUGCAGAAGAACAGAAGUGAGAUGGACAGGAAGGAGCAGGCGGCGUCUGGAGCGCAGGAGAUGCAGGAGGGGUUUCCUGACUCCCAGUUGGAGCUUCCAAGCCCCAGUAACACCUCCCCUGGUCUCCAGAGGACAUCAGCCAGCAGGGAUCUCAUGGAUGUGUCCCAUGAGAAGCACAAGGACAGUGCUUUGUUAGACCCAGAGGCCUCUGAAAUCCUACAAGAUGAGCAGAGUCACAGAGAGGAGCAGACACAGGAAGAUCCCCAUGGAGAUGCAAAGACCUAUGAGGAACAGAUGGCUAAAGUUGUGUUUUUGGAAGAACAGAUCAAAAGCCUGAGGGAGGAACAAGAGCUGCUCUGCUCUGAGUUAUUAGAGAGCAACAAGAAGAAGGAAGAGCUGGAAAAGCAGCUCAAAGAGAGCAAUGAAGAGAAAAGGAUGUUGCUGGAAGAGAUUUCCCAGCUCAAGCACAACAUCCGGAGCGCCCGGGAACAGGGAGACACUGGAGAGACCUGGAGGAUGAGCCCAGGCUUGGAGCAAAGGGAGAGCAGGUUCCUGCCAUGGCAGAGCUCAGCAGGCAGUUUAGAUGGGAGCCUUAAACAGGGUCUGUCUGAGGAGAAGUUCCAGCAGCAGGAGGAGAAGCUGCAGCAGCUGCGCCAGGACCUGCGGCGGGUGCAGAACUUGUGCAGCUCCGCCGAGAGGGAGCUGAGGUACGAGAGGGAGAAGAACGCAGAGCUCCAGAAACAGAACCUGCUGCUCCAGCAGGAGUGCACCAAGGUCAAAGCUGAGCUGAAACAGGCCCGGGCCAAACUCUCAGACUCCACAGAAACCUGCUCAUCCCUGUCAGCACAGUGGGAGAGGAGCCAGCAGAAGGUCAGGGAGCUGGAGCAGAAGCUCUCCAAGUGCUCCCAGGCUGACAAGCUCCACAGCAGCCUGAGGGACAGGCUGGCCCAGGAAAAAUCCAGGGCAGGAGAAGCCCAGAAAAAGAUUUCCAAGCUCCAGCAGAAGCUGAAGGAUUCCCAGCACCAGCUCCUGCUGGCAGAGGCCCGUGUGUCCGACAAGAAGCUGCUGGAGGAGGAGCUGAAGGAGGCCCGGGAGAACGAAGCUCGAGUGCAGCGGGAGCUCCACGAGGGGCAGCUGAAGAGGAAGCUCCUGGAGCAGCAGGUGGAGGAGCUGCGGCAGCAGCUCCGGCAUUCCCGGGAGACGGAGGCGUCGCUGGCCAAGAUGCACGUGGAGCUCCAGGCCAAGACCCUGCAUGCCCUGGAGGAUGAGAGGAAACUCGACCCUGGAGAGCACCUGCAGUGCCAGAAGGAGAACCAGAAGCUCUCGGAGCAGCUGUCCCUGCUGAAGGAGGAGAACAAGGCCCUGUACGAGGAGGGUGUUCGGCUCCUGAACCAGAAGGAUCUCUAUGUGAGGAAGUACAAUGAGCUGCAGCUCCGGCACAAGGACAAGAUCCGCAGGGCCAAGGAGACGUUCAUCCACGAGGUGAAACAGAGGGACAGCAGGAUCAAACAGCUGGAAAACGAGCUCAGCGAGUCCAAGCUCCAAGUGGAGAAGGUGAGAGAAGACACCGAGGGCUUCUCCAGUAAGGGGAGGCUGCAGGAGCAUCCCUUCCUUCCAAAAUAAUCAUGGAAUGGCUUGGGUUGGAAGAGACAGU